UAAAUCCCUAAACCUAAUUUCCGGAUCCCCUUUAUCCAUUCCCAUCAUCCACCCAAACUCUCGAGUCCCAUCAGUUGCAAGCCUGCAACCCCGUUAGCCGAUUCCUAUCAGCUGGACUUCGGUCUUAGCACAGCCACCCGUGGCCAUCUGCUGUCGUGCUUUCUCCAUGAGCUGCUAUUGAUUCCCGAUCAGGUUAGAAUCACAGGGCAAAAAAGAGAGUGGUCCAAAGGCAUUUCCAGGCUACAAGAUGGCUAAAAAUAAUACCAAAUCCAAUGCAGCUGGGCGUAUAGUUAACAGUGCAAAAUCUGAAUCCCCUACAGGUUUGAGUAGACCAAAAUCUGUGCUUCCUCCAGGCUUUUUUGAAAAUCAGAUGAAGACAAGUACAACCAGAAGCACACAUAAUGCAGAUUUGGGCAGUAAAAAACUUGAACCCUCAGCCAAAUUAUCCAAGCCCCAAUCGUCGUCAGUGCUUCCUCCUAAUUUUUUUGAUAAUCAUGAGGCCAAGAGACAAAAAAGUGAUACUGCCAAGUCAUUGAAUCCAGAGUCACGGAAAAAGACUGGUAUUUCUUCUCAAAAUAAGGUGGAGUCUUUAGAAAAUGAGAUGGAUGGAUUAGUUACUCGUAAUGAGUUGCAAACAAAAACCUCUAGACAUGAGAGGGGAUUGAUUCAUACUCCAACCGAAAUUACUGGUUCAGAAACAAAGCAAUUAAAGGGAGCUCUUCCUGAAGGCUUCUUUGAUGACAAGGAAGCAGAUAUGCUUGCUCGCGGCAUUAAGCCAGUUAAGCCAGAUGUCAAAGAUGAAUACAAAGAAUUUGAAAAGCUGAUCCGAGAAGACUUGCAAGAAGUCGAUGAUCGUUUGGAAGAGGAGGAGAUUGAUGCAGCUGAAAUGAUUGAAGAAGCAGAAUCAUUGGAGCAAAAGACGUAUAGGGAAAAAGUUGAAUUGUUGAGAAAUAGGAGAAUGGAGUUGAUGGCUGCUAGGUCUGCCAAGCGUAGCAGAGAUUCUAAUGUUGCUGGAAAAGAUUAUAGUAACGAGGAGUCCUCAAGCGAUGAUGAUAAUGAUGAUAAUUUUGCAGUUGACUGGAGAGCUCAACACCUGUGAGAAUUUUCUUUCUUUCUGUGGGUAUCAGACUAGGCUCUACCUUUGAUACUGUUGGAUAUGUACAUAGCAGUAUCUUCUGAAAACAAAAUCCUAGUUAGAGUACAACACUGACUAAACUUGCAAAAUUUCCUGUAUCUUUGAUAUGAUUUGAAUUAAAUGAUUGGAGAGCUCAAUAAUUGUGAGAAAAGUUUCUUCUUUUCCUC